CAGAGAUAGAAACAAUACAGUAGCUCGAAACGUCAACUCCAACUUUAUCAACAUAACCAAACUUCUGUCUUCUGUGUGUAUUUUUCUUUCUUUUGCCCAGUUUAGAAACUGAAGGCAUAAAAAUGGGGCGACGUCCCGCAAGAUGUUAUCGUUAUUGUAAAAACAAGCCCUACCCAAAAUCGCGGUUCUGUCGUGGUGUCCCAGACCCCAAGAUCAGGAUUUUCGAUUUGGGAAAGAAGAGAGCCGGAGUUGACGACUUCCCCCUUUGCGUCCAUUUGGUUUCUGAUGAAUAUGAACAGCUCAGUUCUGAAGCUCUGGAAGCUGGACGUAUUUGCUGUAACAAAUACUUGGUCAAAAACUGCGGUAAAGAUCAAUUUCACAUCCGUAUGAGACUCCACCCAUUCCACGUAAUCAGAAUCAACAAGAUGUUGUCAUGUGCUGGAGCUGAUAGGCUCCAAACUGGAAUGAGAGGUGCUUACGGUAAGCCCCAAGGAACCGUCGCGCGUGUCCGCAUCGGACAACCAAUCAUGAGUGUCCGUUCCACUGACCGUUUCAAGGCUCAAGUUAUUGAAGCUUUGCGUCGUGCCAAGUUCAAGUUCCCCGGCCGUCAAAAGAUCUACGUAUCAAAGAAAUUUGGUUUCACCAAAUACGAAAGGGAAGAGUUUGACGAAUUGAGAGCCCAAGGUCGUUUGGCUAAUGACGGCUGUAACGUCAGGUACAGGCCAGAACAUGGACCGCUUCAGGCAUGGAAAAAAGUGCAAGACCAAAUUCAUGCCGCUUGAGUUUUUGACACAAUAAAAUAAUUAUUAUAA